CACUCCAAGCUAUUGUGCGUGUUCUUCUUGUACACAAAGUACCUUCUAGCCUGACGCAAACCACAAAGACUGACUCCUGUCCCUUGUUCAGAUUUCGUCUGACUCCAUAACAAUACAAAUUACUGCCAACAAAACUACACAUGUUCAAAAAGUUUGACGAAAAGGAGGACAUUUCCUGUACAAAUAAUGCUAAGAACUCCAUCGUGAAAUCUUUACGCACUCGACUGACCGAAGGUUAUGGCAUUGAUAGUAAAAUGGUUGAUCAGAUUUUACCCAAGAAAGAUGUUGUAAAACACAUUAAGUGUCAUGAACAUGUCGACUUGUAUUCAGAUUCUGACGGUGAAGUCAUGUUUUUCCGACAACGUGAGGGUCCGUUUAUUCCAUCGCUGAGAUUGCUUCAUAAAUUUGACAGAGGUGCUAUCAAGCAUGUUUUAAAUGGGUCAAAUAUUAUGUGUCGUGGUUUAACAUCACCCGGUGCUCGGAUGACAGAAGUUCCUAAAGAGUCAGUUGUUGCUGUAAUGGCAGAAGGCAAAACAAAUGCACUCGCAGUUGGUAUUACUAUGUUAUCUACUGAUGAGAUUUUGUCAACCAACAAUGGCAUUGGGGUCAAAAAUAUACAUUAUUUGAAUGAUGGAUUAUGGCGUCUCAAAGGCCUUCACUGUCGAAAAUACAAAGGGAAAACAUGCGUUUUUAUAGCGCUGUGUUUCUUUGCAGCAUUCCUAUAUUUCACUAAACAUUAUAUCGUCAGUGAUGUAAUAAUAAGGAUAUCUGAUUGGAAGUGGGGUCCAGCUGAUAGUCAGAAUUGUCCAGUAUUUGAUCACUCUAAAGAAGACCCUACUAUUAAUCGUAUGGCAGUUUUAGUACCGUUUAGAGACCGUUUCACUGAAUUGCAAGAAUUCAUACCUCAUUUAAACAACUUCCUCAAUAAUCAAAACGUUCGUCAUACAUUUUUUAUCAUUAAUCAAGUGGAUGAUCUUCGGUUUAAUAGAGGAGCUUUGUUAAAUGUAGGAGCACUUGAGUCACUUGAAGCUGAAGUUAAUGGAAUUAUUGUUGAAAGUAUUACUCAAAAAAAUUCAUUGUAUCAGUUAUCUUCACAAUGUUUAAAACUUCCUUUUACAAAAUAUUUGGCUUUACAUGAUGUUGACUUACUACCUGAAGAUCCGGCAUUAAAAUAUAAUAUGCCAUCGGAAUUAGGACCGAUUCAUCUUAUUCCAUUUUAUCUUCAUCCACGUUAUUAUUAUUUUAAAGAAUAUGCCGGUGGUGUUUUAAUCAUUAAAAGAACUCAAUACAGUUUAGUUGGUGGUAUGUCAAACUCAUUUUGGGGAUGGGGACGAGAGGACGAUGAAUUUCAGAUACGUUUAAAAUCGAAAGGAUUUAAGAUUGUAACGCCAAUUAAUGUUACCAUGGGGCUGAAAGCUUUCCGUCAUAUUCAUCAAGAAGAUCAACAUAAACGAGACGUUAAGACCUACUAUAAUCCUGAUGUUAUGAACUUGAUUCGCAAUCCGAUCGGAGGUUUGACUUCAGUAAAUUAUACUGUUAUAAAAAGACGUCUAAUAACAAUCAGCAGUAUUCCAGCUAUUGUAAUCAAUGUUAAACUAUAUUGUGAUUCAAUGAAUUGCAAAUUAAAAUCUUGA